CGACAGCCCCCCAAGCCCCUCCAGCCACCGACUCAUUUCUUUGAGAAAAUUGGUGACAAAGCUUGAAAUUUCUCCUUCUUUCUUGUUCAAUCACAAUAUUUGGGGCUUAGAACUCUCUAAACCCAAAAAUUUCCAGAUCUGUUCUUCUCUGCGUCUUCCUCCCUUUGCUGUCCGUGAAUUGCUGGUGGGUGGGUGGCGAAAUUUUCAGGUUUUUUGUUUGUGUGAUUGCCCUCUAGGAUCCCGUCGACUUCCUCACCAGGCAAGCCCGGUUUCUGCUGGCUGGAAUUCUGGUAUGGAUAGUUCCAAGUCAAAUUUAUCAAUUAAUUGCUGCUUGUGUUGUUGAAUUUAAAUCAUCUAGUGGUUGCCCCUACACUGUCCGAAUUUUGCUGGAAAAAUGGGGGAAUUUCGGUAGCUUUAAGUGGGUUUUUUUUGUUUAAUUUAAGCGGAAAUGAGCUUGAGUAGUUGCUGUAAAUUUCUGGAAAAAAAAGAGUAAUCCCGUGACUUGUUGAUUGCCAAAGCCGGUUCCUCCAUUGUGUUUUUAGCUAAAUCAUUAUAUAUAUAUAUAUAUAUAUGUGUGUGUGUGUGUAUUUGUAUAUAUAUAUGUAUAUGUGCACAACCUGAUUUUAGUGCUCAAUUUUCGGAAAGAUAACAGAAAUGAAUCGGUUCUAUCAGUAACAUGUCGACAUGUGCUAGCGUUUAUAAACCUCCCACUAGCGGGCACACAAAUAACAUGACCAUAUCGGAGACAAAACGAGCAGAAGGGCAGCCAAUCCAUGGACAAAAUUCAACAAUUAAAGGGGUAAAUUGGGACUUAGAGAAGCUGCCACAUAAUCCAGCAAGCAAAACUGGAGUGCAGAUUGGGGAGGAGGCCGACUGCAAGUGCAGGGGACUCACGGGGCUACCAAACUUAAAGGAACCAAGAGCAAUUAAGGUAAACUCAAGGCAAUUCAAAGCUAAAGGGAGAUUCAUGGCUGUUUCUUACCCAAAAUCAGAGUAAUUCACCCCCACAAACAAGAGCAGUCGGCGGACAACAGAGGGAAGAGCAAAGCAGAUCUGGGGUUUUCCAAUGGGGGGGAAAUUUCUGGGUUUCAAUCUGUGUUUUAGAGCAAGAAAGGAAGGAGAAAUCAAGCCUCCUUACCGGUUUCUCAAAGGCUGGUGCCGGGUCCCUUUUUUUUUUUCUCUCGAGUUGCAGACAAGAAGAGCAGACACGAAAUGGCUGGGGAAGAAGGAAGAAAGAAAGAAAAAAAAAAGAAAAAGAAAAGAAGCUAAUCUUU